CGAUGGAGAUUGCUAUUGAGAAUGUUUGGCCAGAAACAACACACCGGUUGGUGCAAGUGGCAUAUUCUUCGUAAGGCUAAAGAGAGUUUGGGUUUUCAUUAUACAAAGAAGAGUGACUUCCGAGCAGAAUUCCAUAGAUUUGUGAACGACAUGCUAACUAUCGAAGAGUUUGAGAAGGGGUGGCUGGAGAUUAUGAAGAAAUACAGUUUGUAGAGCAAUACAUUCCUGAUACAAAAUUUGAGGUGAGGCGGAAGUGGGCUAAGCCAUAUUUUUCUGGAAAAUUUUGUGCAAAAAUGACGGGCACACAAAGGAGUGAGAGCGCAAAUCACAUGCUUAAGAAUUAUGUUCCUCCAGCAUGCCCAAUGAAUCUUUUUGUGAAGCAUUAUGCAAAAGUACUAUUUGAUAGAGAGCAAGAAGAAGGUUUCCAAGAAAAGAGCACCAAAUUGGCAGGAGUAGUUCUAAAAGUUAACAUACCAAUUGAAUGCCAUGCAAGCACGGUGUAUACUCGGGCCAUGUUCGAGCUGUUUGGAAAAAGUCUUUACUACUCAGGUUCUUAUUACAUCAAAGAAUUAGUUCCAAGGACUGAGUACCUGGCAACACACGUGAAGGCGGAAUCGAGGGAGAAAUGGUACAAGAGCAGAUACAAGGUGGUUGUUUCAGAAUUCAGAGAUUUUUUCAGUUGUGAGUGUGGACUCUUUGAGCAUAUGGGGAUGAUUUGUUGCCAUGCACUAAAUGUGUGUAGAUAUGAUUUACAAGUAGGUAUUUCUUUUUAUUUGUCCAUUGCUGACUUUGCAAGUGAUUUGGAAAAACAGGUGAUGAUAGUGUUGGGAUUGAAUGAGAUACCAAGGAAGCACAUACUGAAAAGAUGGACAGUAGAUGCGCGUGAUAGCCUUCCUGAACAUCUGAAGCAUUAUCAAAAAGAUGUAGGCCUACCUGAUUGCACCACUUUCAGGCACAAUGCUAUGUACAUCUCGGCCCUGGAAUUGGUUAUGAUGGGUGAUAGCAAUCCAGAGGCUUUUGAUUAUGUCAUGAGCGGCCUGGCAGAACUGAAGAAGGGAGCUUUGCCACUAAGUAAUCUAAAAGAUGGAAUGAGUCUAAUUGAAAAAAGGAAGGCAUGCAACUCUUCUUCUGUUGGUAAAUCUGUUCCUUCAAAGUGUAGUCAGAAGCAAAAUAUUGAUGAUGGAGCUGCGUCAAGUGCUGGGAAAAUUGAAUGGAGAAAUGCAAAAGCAAGAACGGUAGGAGGGGAUGGGAAAUCUUCAGUCAAUGGUAAUGGGAACAUUGAAGCUAAUUCGGCCUCGUCUACUGUACAGGGGGACGACCUGAGCACGGUUGAUUCAAAUAUUGCAUUAACUUCUAGAACCAUGGAUACAGAAAGCAACAUGUCCCUGUUACCCCCUAAGAAGAAGCCUAGGAUGAGAGGUCAUCCGACAACGGCAAGAGACAAGUCGAAUUAUGAAAUAAAUGACAAGCGAUCGAGGUUUUGCACCAUUUGCCGUGGGAAGGGGCACAAGAGAACUACAUGCCCUCAAAGGGGCAACGAACCGCAGAAGCCGAGGAAGAUUCCGACAUGUACAAAUUGUGGCAUAGCCGGUCAUCGUAGGAAUACUUGUUCAAAAGUUUUGUACUCUACAUUGGAUGGGGUCCCCUCUGUAGGAUGUAUCUGAAUUGAUUAUGCACUUGUAAUUGGAUCUUUUUUAAACAU